CAGAUUCAAAACAAUUAAAAACAGAUUUAGUUCAAUUCCACAUGACAAAAUUUUCAGAAAGCAAACCCAUCAUGUACUUCUCCAACUUAAUGAACCUUUUACACAAAUCGCUUUCAAACCGGUGUCCAUAGUCGAUUACACACUAUCUUUUCUAAAAUCUCGGCCGGUCUGAAUUCGCCAAAUAUUUUAAUCUGAAGAAAAACGUCUAGUUUAUUGAGGUGGUCCCUCCUCUUGUAACAGCAAGCCAAAAUACUUUUAGUAAUAUUAGUUUACAGGACCGAGGGAAUGCCAUUUCUGAAAGGAAACAAAUAUAUUAGACAUCUAAUGGGGAGAAAUGCCAAAAGACUUUCAGAAAGUUAAAACGACCGAUACAGACGAGGAGCAUUGGCAGCCCGUCGAGAAAUGGAGAAUUUGGAGGAACGUUCUUGUACUCGGAUUCGCUUUUAUGAUACACUUUACUGCAUUUUGGGGCGCCUCGAAUCUACAAAGCUCUGUCAAUGCCGAUGAAUCGCUGGGAACGUUCACCUUAGCCGCAAUUUAUGGAUCUCUUAUACUGUCAAAUAUAUUUCUACCGACUAUCGUUAUAAAGUGGUUCGGAUGCAAGUGGACAAUAGCUUUAGCGUUCCUCACCUAUGUACCAUUCAUCGCCUCUCAAUUUCACCCCCGGUUUUACACAAUGAUACCAUCCGGUCUGUUUGUCGGGUUUGGAGGUGGGCCAUUGUGGUGCGCCAAGUGCACGUAUCUCUCCAUUAUAGCGGAGGCGUAUUCUCAAAUUACCGAGGAAGCUGCCGCUUUAAUAGUAACACGCUUCUUUGGCGUUUUCUUUAUGUUCUACCAGUUUUCGCAAGUGUGGGGAAAUCUAAUCAGUUCUGCCGUACUGUCUUCUGGUAAAAAUAUCGUUGCGAUGAACGUAAGUGCAGAAAGUGACGAAUGUUUGUCAAUUCAUUCGUGUAAAGAGAACACCGAGGACCUCUGUGGAGCUAACUUUUACCCGGGGAUCACGACCGGAGUUAAUCCAAAUCUUGACCCCCCUCCUUCAGAAAAAAUUCAGUUAAUUGCUGGAAUAUAUCUGGCAUGUAUGGUUAUAGCUUGCCUUUGCGUAGUUUUUGGGGUGGAUUCCCUCAAGAGGUACAAAAGGAACAGAGCAGGAAGCGCCACAGGGCUAUCAGGUCUAACACUACUAAUAGUAACCCUCAAACACCUCUUCAAUCCAUACCAACUACUGAUCCUCCCCAUAACAAUGUUCAUUGGCGCAGAGCAAGCUUUCAUAGCUGCCGAUUUCAACGCGUCGUUCGUGUCGUGCGGAUGGGGUAUCAGCAAUAUUGGCUUUGUAAUGAUAUGCUUCGGUGCCGUCAACGCGAUCGCCGCCAUUUUCGCCGGUGGAAUUUCGAAAAAGACGGGACGCGUGCCGAUGAUCGCGUUCGCUUUCGUUGUACACGUCGGUCUUUUAAUUACGCUGUUAAUUUGGAAGCCGACAUCGAUUAAUAAGGUGCCAUUCUUUGUUGUGGCCGGAUUGUGGGGACUGUGCGAUGCAGUUUGGCUCGUACAGAUAAAUGCUCUGUGCGGGAUUUUAUUUCCGGGAAAGGAGGAAGCCGCGUAUAGUAACUUCCGGCUUUGGGAAUCUACAGGAUCGGUGAUAACAUACGCGUACAGUCCGUAUUUACGAACGGACGCUAAAAUUUAUCUAUUACUGACACUUUUGGUGAUAGGUGUUGGUGCGUAUGGAACGAUUGAGUUAAUUGAACGUAAAGCCAAGAGAGACACCUUGGUUACUGCGAAAACCAAUUUCGAGCUUGUUAACGGAAAACUGAGAGCCUUAGAAAUUAAUGAAUAAAAUGAUUGAUAUAUCGGAAACCAA